AAUUGUUUAUGUAGUUGCGUGUUUUGAAACUUGAAAGUUAUCUUUCACUUUUUUAAUUUCGUCAAUUGUUAAUUACCUCAGUUUCUUCACUAUUCGCAAAGAAGACGAAAGUAAAUUGCUGAAAAAAUGGCUUUAAGAUUUGAUAAUCGCGUUGUAGUCGUAACGGGUGCUGGUGCGGGAUUAGGCAGAGAAUAUGCCUUGUUAUUUGCAUCUCGUGGAGCUAAAGUUGUUGUCAAUGAUCUUGGUGGCAGUCGUACGGGCGAAGGUCAAUCAAGAGCUGCUGAUAUUGUCGUAAAAGAAAUUGUUGAUGCCGGUGGUGUUGCAAUUCCUGAUUACAAUUCAGUUGUUGAAGGCCAUAAAGUCAUCGAAACAGCAAUUUCUAACUUUGGUCGUAUCGAUGUGUUGGUGAAUAAUGCUGGCAUCUUACGAGAUAAAUCAGUCGCUAAUAUCAGUGAUGAAGAUUGGGACAAGAUCUUCGACAUUCAUUUGAAAGCGAGUUUUGUUACAACGAGAGCUGCUUGGCCUUAUUUCAAGAAACAGAAAUAUGGCCGCAUCAUCAUGACCAGCAGUAAUUCCGGUGUUUAUGGCAACUUCGGACAAGCCAACUAUUCAGCUGCUAAGCUUGGUGCUAUUGGUUUAUCAAACACUGUCGCAAUUGAAGGAGCUAAAUACAACAUUCACUGCAACACAAUCGUUCCAACAGCCGCUUCAAGAUUAACUCAAGGAAUUCUUCCCGACGAAUUCUUUAAUCAAUUGAAACCUCAUUUGAUUGCACCAGUUGUUGUUUAUCUUUGUCAUGAAAAGACUGAAGAUAAUGGAAACAUCAUUGAAAGUGCUUGUGGAUGGGCAACAAAGAUUCACUUCAUUCGUGGCAAAGGAAGUUUGUUAAGAACAUCACUUGACGAUGAUGUUACUCCCGAGUUUGUCAGAAGCAAAUGGGAUGCUAUCAAUGAUAUGAGUGAAGCACGUCACUUCUCUUCAAAUACCGAAGCAAGCGCAUAUCUUGGCGACAUCAUUGAAAAAUUGAAAAACCCUUCACCAAAAUCACAAUUUGAAGAUGAUUUCAAUUUCUCAUCAAGAGAUGUGAUUCUUUAUGCAUUGGGCAUUGGAAUUUCUACAGAGGAUCAAGACAAUUUGAAGUUUUUGUAUGAAAAUCAUCCUGACUUCGCUACAUUCCCAACAUUCUCUGUUAUUCCUGGAAUCAUUCUUUCAAUGACUUCGGGACUUGCACAAAGUGCUUUGGAAAAGACCUUUGAUCUUUCACAGGUGUUACAUGGAGAACAAUAUGUUGAAUUACUUCAACCUCUUACAACUGAUGGCAAGCUGAUAACCCGUGGAAGAAUUGUUGAUGUGAUGGACAAGAAAUCUGGUGCACUUAUCGUCACUGGUCUUGACAGUUUCGACAGCAGCGGACAGCAAAUCAUUCGCAAUCAAAGCAGCACAUUUGUUGUUGGAGCUGGUAAUUUUGGCGGUAAAUCAAAGGCAAAUGAUCAAGUUAUUCCAACAAUUCCACCACCAAAUCGUUCACCUGAUUUCACUGCUUUGUGCAAGACGACGACUGAUCAAGCAGCUUUGUAUCGAUUGUCAGGAGAUUUUAAUCCUUUACACAUUGAUCCAAAUUUUGCUAAAUUGGGUGGAUUUAGCAAGCCAAUCAUUCAUGGGCUUUGCACUUUUGGUAUUUCGGUUCGUGCAAUUAUCAAACAAUACGCUAACAAUGAUCCAACACUUUUCAAAGCUGUCAAAGUUCGUUUUACAAAACCAGUUUAUCCAGGUGAUACAUUAAAAGUUGAAAUGUGGCAAGAAGGAAACAGAAUUCACUUCAGAACUUUGAUUUCUGCUACAAAUGCUGAAGUUUUAUCAGGAGCCUAUGUGGACUUAUUCAACGUAGUGAAAUCAACGAAACCUGCUCAAUCCAUUCCAGAAUCAACCUCAAACAUGGCAUCAUUAAAUUCGGACGCAAUCUUUACAGCUAUUGAAGACAAAGUCAAAGCCGACCCGGCUAAAGCUAAAGCAGUUAAUGGAGUUUUCUUGUACAAAAUCACAAAGGAUGGCAAAGUUGUCAAAGAGUGGACUUUGGAUUUGAAAAAUGCUGUUGUGAAACAAGGAACCCCAUCAGGAAAGGCUGACACAACACUCACAGUCAGUGACGAUGACUUUGUCGACAUUGCGUUGAACAAGUUGAAUCCACAAACAGCAUUUAUGAAAGGAAAAUUGAAGAUUCAGGGCAAUAUUAUGCUGGCACAAAAAUUAGGCCCAUUGCUUAAGACAGACGCGAAGUUAUAAAUCGCUUUUAGAUAAAAGACAAAGUUAAGAGCUUUUGAUCAAUUUUUAUCUUAUGGGAAAGGCGUUAAGGGAUCGUGCAAGCUUUACACGCAUGUUGUAUGUAGGUUCUUUGAUUUCCAGUAAACAGAAGUUUUUAAAUAUGUUUUUAUUAUUUCUUUCAAAGAAAGUUCAUUUUUUAUUUCAUAUCAGUUUAUGGGGUUUGUUGUAAUGGUUCUUUUCCUAAUAAAUUCAUAAAAAAGAAGAUUCUUUUUAGAUACAUUG